CAAAAUACAAGUGGGAUAUUUGAAAUAAAAACACAUCGGAUUUAGACUUAAACAGUUUAUGUUAUAUGUAGUUCUGUACAAGGAAUGGUUUUAUGAUGAGGAGAAGUACAGUUGACAGUGGUGAGGUGGUCCAUCAGAAAGCUGUGAUGUUCACAGAUGCAGAUCUACCCAGCUAUAGGCUGGGCCAGAGUCUGCCUAAUACGCCUAUCAAUUCACGAUCCAAAUCACCUCUGGAUAUGUCGCAGAAGCUUAUCAAGACACUAAACUCACCAUUUGGGAAGAGUUUGAACUGGAAUCCUAGCAUGUCUAUGGGAGGCAUCUCCAAUAAUAAGUUUCAGUUUGGGAGCCCCUCGUAUCCCUCUCCUUUGGAUAGGGUUCGCACAGGGAAGCGGGAACGUGCAGCUCAGCUUGGACUUGCUCCGGGAUCAGAUGAGUCAUUUGAUGCUAACCAGUCAUUUCCAAAGCAAAACAAGCCAAAACUGAAAGACAUAAAGACACCAGAGUUCAAAGUAACUCUAGAUGACUUUAAAGGCGAUGGUAUGAAUGAUGUGAGCUACACUCCCGGUUGUUCUAAAGGCUCCUUUAAUUGCACCACCCCUGACCCUAACAUCAGUCAAUCGUUGGAGAAGAGCUGGUCCUUCUAUAAUUAUGUGGGUGGUGGUGAGACGGGACACGUCUUCCCUGCAUCAGUGCGAAAUCCUAAUAAGGCAAUCGUUACUAUCAACGCUCGUACAACUGAGGUACUGGUGUCUAAUGAGAUGGCUUGUGAACUUUUUGGCUACAACACUGGUGAACUUUGUGGAAUGAAGCUUUCAGACCUUGUCCACUUGAAGAAACGUCAGACAGAAGCAAUCACUGAGAGCCAUCUGGAGCCAUCAGGGGAGGUUGUAGAACUUUCUGGAAAAGUGAUGGAGGCAGUUGACUCAACAGGUUUGGUGAUUCCUAUCUCUGUAUGGAUGAAGAAGAUGGAUUAUGAUGGAGAGCCUCGGGCAGUUGCAGUCAUGGAGCCAGUUGAGAGAACUACAGCUAACAUCACAUUUGACAGCACGGGUAAGAUAUUAGGAUGUGACCAGCAACUGGCAUACAUACAUGGCUACAUCUCUCCAAUGGAGAUUAUAGGGUUGAAGAUUCAGCAUCUGAUACCAUCAUUCAAACUACCCACCCCAGGCCAGAAACUUCAGAGUGAAGUGCAGAAACAGCGUGCCACAGGGAGGACAAAGGAUGGUAACUCAUUCCCCCUGAGUGUUUUAGUAAAAGCUACAGAAAAGACACACAGACUCCCACCCCAGCCCCCACCCUUGAAGAACAUACCCCCGGUUCAGACUCAGUCUGUUGAUAAUGACCACCUGUCCCCCCAUCAGGGCAAGAACCCAGGGUCGCUGCUCAAUCCAGGUGGUAGCAAGAGUGUGGAUAUGCAAGAUGCAGGCCCUAUGGAGUCCACAGGUGAUGUUUAUAGUGCAGUAUUGUGGGUGUUUGCCAACAUAAGUGGUAUGAUCACUGUUUUGGGAGAUGGAUCCAUACACAGUAUUAACAAUAAUUUCUCACUCAUGCUCCUGGGGAGACCAAAGGAGGAUGUUAUUGGAAAGGACAUUCAGUUUAUAAUCCCUGAAUUUUUUGAAGAGAUGGAUAUAAUUGAUACUGACUCUAUGCCCCUACCACCUCUGGAUGAUGAAGAUGCUGCACAACAGGAGCUGAAUGACACAGCAGGCCUUCUCAAUGCAGCAAGUAACAGUGUUAACAGAAACAACAACAUAUCACCCUUAGACUCUUCAGUACAUAUAGACCUAGACAGUUCACACGAUGACUCAGUUAGUUUAACGUCAUCACGAUCAAGUGCCAGGACGCCACCUACCACAAGAAAGGUGGAGCCAUUGAAUUUAGAAACUUUAGACGAGGAGUCUGAAGGCUCGAGAUCAGCAAGUGCAAGGUCGGAUAAUAAAAGUUCAAGGUCAAAUAAUGAAUCUGGGAGAACGCUUAGUGUUGAGGAUAAACAACAAUUAGAGAGCUCCCGAAUCUCAUAUGCUUCAGGAAAUGAUCAAAAAAAUAUUUCAGAUAUUUCCCUUAGUCCUUUGCCAUCAUAUAAAAGUCCAGAGUGUAAUAUCUCUGUCAGUAGCGUUGAAGAUGACGCACUUACAGAGGAAAAAUCUAGCUCAUCAAAUUCUGCUCAAACAGAUCACCAUUUAGGGACAAAAAUGCAAGAUGCAAAUAGUGUCUCAAACAUUGAUAUAGAGAUUGAUGACAAAAUGGUGCCAAAACAAAAUUUAAAAACAAGUGGCGAAAUGGACUACCCUAUACAUGCACAUGUUAAAGACAAAUUAGAUUUUGACUGUGCAGAGAGUUUUACUUCGACUCCGCAUAGGUCAACUAGAAAGGCAGCUAUGAUACGCCAGGCUUCUGUACAGAGCUUUCAGAUUCCAGAGGGGAGCUACUGUGGGAGAUGUAAACACAAGGAUACUUCAUAUUUAGGUAUAAUUUAUCAGGUGAAGAAAGUCGAGAUUGCAGAUGGCCAGAACUUGUAUUGUAUUUGGAUAUCACGUGACCCGGAAGAUCCAGGGGAGGGUAACCGCUCCCUGGCCAACCUUACCCUCUCACUCAGUUACAGUAGCACUUUUGAGGCAUCCCAGAUCAGUCUGGGAGAGGCUUUAGCUGACAAGAGACAGCAAAGUUUAGAUCACUCUGGUAACCUAAGCUUGAAGAAGAUUGAAACUUCUCCUGGUAGAGGGCGCUAUGAUCAACAGUAUGAUACUCUCAUGUCUAUCGGGAAGGGAGCCUUUGGAUUUGUUAAGCUGGCUAGACGGAAACGAGACUCUCUUGAUGUUGUUGUGAAGUUUAUACGCAAGAAGAAGGUGCUGUCUGACUGUUGGGUGGAAGACUCUGACCUUGGGAGGCUGCCCCAAGAAAUAUGUCUGCUCACCAAACUGGUGCAUACCAACAUUGUUAAUCUUCUUGAGGCAUUUGAAAAUGAUGAGUUUUUCCAAGUAGUUAUGGAGAAACAUGGCAGUGGUAUGGAUCUAUUUGAGUUCAUUGACAGGUGCCCAAAUUUUGAUGAACCUCUGGCCAGCUAUUUAUUUAGACAGCUUGUAUCUGCUGUCUCAUAUCUCCACAGUCUUAACAUUCUACACAGAGAUAUCAAAGAUGAGAAUAUCAUUCUAAAUGAACAUUUCCACAUCAAGCUGAUUGACUUUGGUAGUGCUGCAUACAUGGAGCCUGGGAAGUUGUUUGGUACAUUCUGUGGUACAUUGGAGUAUUGUAGUCCGGAAGUGCUCAUGGGGAAUAAAUACCGGGGCCCUGAGUUAGAGCUGUGGUCACUAGGCGUCACCCUAUAUACACUUGUAUUUGGAGAGAACCCAUUCUAUGAUGUUGAAGAAACCAUUCAAUGUGUUCUUAAACCACCUUUCAUGGUGUCUAAAGAUUUGAUGCAACUGAUUGGUUGGCUGCUCCAUCCAGAGCCUACCUAUAGGGCCACCAUAUUGGACUUGGAGGCUAAUAAGUGGGUGAAUCAACCAGUAGAUGUCAUCACAUAUGACUGGAAUGAGGUUUUACCAAAUAAUGAGUUCACUGGGAACACUGCUGCCGACAACAGGCCUGAUACACACGAGGACCCAUCUCCACGCACACAUGACUCUGACACGGAGGAACUAGAAUCUGAGCUCCAACGAUGCCUAAAUAUGGAAGAUGAGCCUGGACGUGAUGAUGGUGGAGUCUCCUAGACUAUUGAUUGACACUGAAUUUUUUCAGGAAUUAAGAGAUGGUGUCCAAAUGUUGACAGUUGAUUUGAAAAAUCUUGGUUUCCCUUUCACUUUUUUAAAUAAUCAAAUCCCCUUAUUAUAUCUGUUUUCCAGAACUGGUAACACGUGGAUACCAUUCCUAAUCUGGUUAUUUGUAGUUAAAUAACUGAAAAAAUAGAAUACAUGUACUGUAGAGAAAAAAUACUGUAUAGAACUUAUGGUGAUAACUUACAAUUUCUUAAGAUGGUUGGCUGCUGUGUUAUUGAACGUUACUUUUAACUGUACUGUUAUUUAAACAAAGAACAAAUGAAAUAUUUUCUAUUUAAACCCAUAUAUAGCAGGAAAACAGACAGACCUGACAUCUAUGAGUAUUAUCAAGCCUAAUUACCUAUCUGUGUCAUAUGGCAACUUGUAUUUUAUAGGAUCACAAUAUUGAUGCAAGAUAGUAUGAUAGAUUUCACAUGUAUAGAAUAUAUUUACAAAAGCAUUAUCAGGUCGGGCUCUAUGCAUCAAAACAGACAAUACUCAGUAUGUUGGUCUGAGGUAAUUCAAUAUGUACCACUGGGGUACUUCAUUAUGUACCUCAGAGUAUUUCAGGAUGUUCAUCUGAGGUAAUCCAUUGUGUCAAUGUGUACAUCUGGAGUAAUUCAUAAUGUAACUCUGGGUAAAUUCAGUAUGAACUUCUGGGGCAAAAUGUAUUUACCUCUUGGGUUCUUCAAUAUGAACUACUUCAAUAUGGACCUCUUGGGUACUUCAGUAUGUACCUCAGAAACUUCAAUAGGUAUCUCUUGGUUAAUUCUGAGGUAAUCCAAUUACCAUUGUGUAACUGAGGUAUUUCAGAGUGUACAUCUACGGUAAUUCAGUAUGUACCCUAUAGUGUAAAGCAUGAGUGCAAUAACAUACUCAGAAUGAACUUUAACACAUAUAAUAUACUAGAUUCUUUUUAUUUGUUUUGGAAUCAAAAUUGAAGAAAGCAAAAAUUGUGGUCGGUGUUCUGUACAGGCCUGAAGUACAUGUACAUCUUUUUGUUAUUUGUUAUGGGCCUAUUGAAAUCUAUUUGUUUCUAUUUUCCACCAAUGACAAAGGUCAUAUCAGAAUGUAAAACCCAUUUUCAAGAUGACAAUUUCAAUAUUUUUAGUUUAGUUACCUAGUUGCAAGUAGGUACCAAUUUCAUCACACGGUGACUGAUUCAAAUCAGAUAACAUGGGAGACAAAAAAGCUCCCUUAAACUUGGAUUAUAGACUUAAAAUUUAGCCUUGACAUUUUUACCACACCAAGCUUGCAUGGCAUAGAAGCUCCGCAGCAUGAUAAAUUGUA